GCUCGAUCGAUGCGGGAGAGAGAAGAGGUUUUUCCGGAUCGUCUCUUUAUCCGGACGCUUUUCUCGCCUUAUUUCGGAUAUUCGGAGACUCUUGGGCGGACGAGGGGAAACAUACGGUGAAUUCCAGUCUGCGUUCGACCUCGAGGAAGCGGGUGAGUGCGCGCGGGGCCGGAAAAGGGGCGAAAUAAGAGAGUGAGGAGAGCUGAGCAGGCAGGAUGAGUUAUCAGAUGCCUCAGCAAGCCCGGCCAAUGUCGCAAGGGGGUUACCACAACCCUGCUGACAUGCCAAUGCAGAACCCCAAGGAACAGAUUGCCAUGUGGCAGCAGAACACCUACAUGAGUGACUCAGGUAUCCACUCUGGUGCAACCACCAAUGCACCCUCCCUCACCGGCAAGGAGGAGGAGAUGGACACAGAAUGGAUGGAGGGCAGAGCACAGCAGGGAUUCAACCAGGCUGCCUUCACCAGUGAGCAGGUUGAUGACAUGAACCAGCAGCUGAAUCAGACACGUUCCCAGCGUGUCCGUGCUGCCAUGUUCCCAGAAACACUGGAUGAGGGCAUGGAGAUCCCCUCCACCCAGUUUGACCCCCAGCAGCCUACAGCUGUGCAGAGGUUGGCAGAGCCCUCACAGAUGCUCAAACAUGCUGUUGUCAACUUGAUCAACUAUCAGGAUGAUGCUGAUCUGGCAACUCGAGCCAUCCCAGAGUUGAUCAAACUGCUCAAUGAUGAGGAUCAGGUAGUUGUCUCCCAGGCUGCCAUGAUGGUCCAUCGCCUCAGCAAGAAGGAGGCCUCGCGCCAUGCCAUUAUGAACUCCCAACAGAUGGUGGCUGCCCUCGUGCGUGCUCUUACCAAUUCCAACGACCUGGAGACAACCCGUGUAACUGUUGGUGCCCUGCAUAAUUUGUCUCAUCAUCGCCAGGGUUUACUGGCCAUUUUCAAGUCCGGUGGCAUUCCAGCAUUGGUGAAACUUCUUAGCUCACCAGUAGAGUCAGUGUUGUUCUAUGCCAUCACCACACUCCAUAACCUCCUGCUGCACCAGGAAGGCUCUAAGACAGCAGUGCGCAUGGCAGGAGGUCUCCAAAAGAUGGUUGCCCUGCUCCAACGCAACAAUGUCAAGUUCCUUGCCAUCGUCACAGACUGCUUGCAGAUCUUGGCGUAUGGCAACCAGGAAUCCAAGCUGAUAAUCUUAGCAUCUCAGGGACCUCAGGAGCUGGUUCGAAUCCUACGCUCCUACACCUAUGAGAAGCUCUUGUGGACGACCUCCAGGGUGCUCAAAGUUUUGUCUGUGUGUUCAAGUAACAAGCCAGCCAUUGUUGAAGCUGGUGGCAUGCAGGCACUUGCCAUGCACCUAACACACCAGUCAACCCGCCUUGUCCAAAACUGCCUGUGGACGCUGCGUAACCUCUCAGAUGCUGCAACCAAAGUCAUAUUGGCAUUGCAGGACAGCAUGGACCAGCUUCUGCAGAAUCUUGUGCACUUGCUCCGUGCCAGUGACAUCAACGUGGUAACUUGCGCUGCUGGAAUCCUUUCCAACUUGACUUGCAAUAACCAACGCAACAAGAUCACCGUUUGCCAAGUGGGGGGCAUUGAGGCUCUCGUGGCCACAAUCUACAAUGCCGGAGAGAGGGAGGAAAUUACGGAGCCUGCUGUUUGUGCUCUUCGUCACUUAACCGCAAGGCAUCCUGAAGCUGAAGUAGCCCAGAAUGCCGUCCGCCUAAAGAACGGCAUCCCCAUCAUUGUGAACCUCCUGCAUCCCCCCUCCCGGUGGCCUUUGGUCAAGGCUGUCAUUGGCCUCAUCCGAAACUUGGCCUUGUGCCCGGCCAAUCAUGCACCUCUGAGGGAGUCUGGGGCCAUCCCUAGGCUGGUGCAGCUGCUCAUCAGGGCCUUCCAAGACACACAGAGGCAACGGUCAUCAGUUGCUAGUGGCGGUUCAGGCAGCAUCGGGGCCUACGCUGAUGGAGUGCGCAUGGAGGAAAUUGUUGAGGGCACAGUAGGAGCCCUGCACAUCCUGGCUCGUGAGUCGCACAACCGCGCCAUCAUUCGAGGCCUCAACGUCAUCCCAAUCUUCGUUCAGCUCUUGUACAAUGACAUUGAGAACAUAGAACGUGUGGCCGCUGGAGUGCUUUGUGAAUUGGCAGCUGACAAAGAAGGCGCUGAAAUGAUAGAGCAGGAAGGUGCCACAGCUCCCCUCACCGAGUUGCUCCAUUCACGGAAUGAAGGUGUUGCUACUUACGCUGCAGCUGUGCUGUUCCGCAUGUCAGAGGACAAACCCCAGGAUUACAAGAAAAGACUGAGCAUGGAGCUGACCAACUCCCUGUUCCGCGAGGAUGGAUCCAUGUGGCAAGGAGACAUGUCUGCCAUUCCACCUGAUCUCCAGGACUUCAUCACUCCUCCUGAGGGCCACUACGAUCCCAUGUAUGCUCAAGGGCCGCCCAGCGUCCACAGUGGACAUGCCGGGCCAAACUAUCAAGGAGGCUACGACCAUGUGCCUGUGGACUCGAUGCAAGGCCUGGACAUAGGUUCCCAGCACGGUGGCCCGGGAUCUAACUACGGCCCUAUAGACCCCAGGGAUCUGCCACCUGGACAUCCUGGACAUCCUGACCUUACCUUUGACCAGCAAGCUCCACCACAGCCCCCUCGCGACAAUAACCAGAUGGCAGCCUGGUACGACACGGACCUGUAAGGGGACGUAGCAGCGCUGCAGAAAAGACAAAACUUUAUUUAAAGGAACUAAAUGAAGAAGGGAAUAUCAUGCCAAAUCUUUGCAUGGUUUACAACCCAUGAGUGAAAGCAAGAUCGAGCAAGAUUGUCUGUUCACUUUAAUCAAAAAGAAAAAUUAAGAAGAUAUCUGUGGUGGAACUCGAAUUCUAUUACAUGCAUGCGUGUGUGAAUAUACAUACUCUUACAUAUAUCUGCAUGCAUGCAUGUGAGUGUGUGUGUGUUUAUGUGUGUAAGUAUAUGUAUGUGUGUGCAAUUAUAUGUGUCUCUAUACAUAUAUAAUUUGAAUAUUCAAAGAAUAGCUUACAUAUUGCCAAUGAAUAGCAAGGUCAGCAAACAGAAAUGCUUUAUCUUCAAAAGUCAGAAAAGUUAGAAGAAAGCAAUGCUUGUGACGUGACCUGCAAAACAGCUGAAAUUCUCCAGUUUCAGUUCUUUCUAUACCAAUUUUUCCCCCUGUGGUGAUAUUGAUGAACUUUCACCAUGGGGCAUCCUGUUAAGUACCGGUACUUUUUCUUUUCUUGUUUUCCUUAUUUUUUUUGUACUUUUAAUGAAGCCCAUGAAUUUUUUUUAACUAUUUAAAAGAACAUAACAAAAUGCAUGCAAAAAGAAGGGCCCUUCCAAUAUUCAAUGUUUAUGUCUCAGGUGCUGCAGAAGCUUUUUUCAGCCAUUAGUUUUUGUAGGAGGCAGCUGCAAGGCAACUUCCCAUUUGUCGUUUGUGCAGCUUCGUGAGGUAGCUCUGCUAAGCAGUUUUUAUCAGAGAGGUUAUGCAUUUAUUUUGUUGACUUGAUUUGUGUGAGGCCUAGCUUAAAAUUGUUGUGUAACAGACUCCAGGAAGUUUUUCUUUUCUUUUUUUAGAUUUUUAAAAGAUAGAGUUAAUGAUAUCACUAAUGUAUGUUAUUGCACAAAUUGUUAUCCAGAACAACCAUUGAUUUGAAUUGUAUACCAAGUCAUGCAGUCAAGGUGGCUUGGUAGGGAAAAAAUGCAGGGUAAAAUGAAUGUGACAUUUUCCGUUGAAACUUUUAUAUAUUAAAAACAAAAGAAUCAAAUUGUGAGUGAUGAAGCAUCUGAUAGUCAUAAGUUUUAGUUGAACUCUGAGCUCAACAGAGCUUGUGGACUGCUUUCUUUAAAACCAUUAAAACUUCUAGAUAUUGGUCCACAAUUAAAUUUUUUACCACCUUCUCUAGUUAGCUUUGCCGUUACAGAACAUUCUUAAUACACCGUAGGAUUCACCUGUAGGAUAUGAACUCGAUAGAAAGUUCUUAGCUUUUCUUGCUGUAAAGGACAAUCACCUGUGAGCAAACAAGUUGUAUCAGUGAUUAUUACGUGUUGUUAACUGUCUGGUUUUUAGUACCAUUUAGUGUUUUAUAGAUUAUGUAUUCAUUUUUUAGGGUUAUGCGUGAUCGUCCUCAUGAGAAGGAGAAGUGAUCUAAUGACAUGUCCAAAGUUUCUCUAUACAUACAUGGUGGCUUGACAGGGGCCUUGCUUCAUGCCAAGGUCUUGCCAAGUCACAUGACAACCUCUAUAUGUUCACUUGUCAACAGGAUGGUAAUCUUGUCAUGAACUAGGGAGAAAGUUGUGGUAAUGGGCAUCUGACUUUGAUUUCAUGAGAUUUUAUUUGUCAGUGUCUUUUCUUUUCUUUUUUUCUUUUAGUGUGGGAAGAUCAGGAUGGCCAUGUAAUGCGCACGAGUAUCUCACUGAGGGAGGCUCACGGUAACAAUUCCACCGUGUGCGCUCAGACUUCAGUGAGAUGCCUCUGCCCGUGGAGUUUUCUGGUCCAAAGCAUUUAUUUCUGUAUGAACCUAGUUUUUUCUUUUCAUAAGAUGCCUUUCUCACAUCUUUAUCAUAGUUUCUUAUAUUUACCAACUUUUGCAUAGCUGUGGAGACCAAAGACGUGACAUGCCAUUGACACGUGUAUGAUUUCAGUACCUGAUACUGACCCAGUAUUUUUCAUAGGCUUGUCAGUGACAUGUGGCAUCCCCUCUGUGCAAGUUGGGGAAUAUCCCCCUCCAUAUUCCCAGUCUGUAUUUUGGUUUGCAAUGUGCCACAGUAUUACAAUAUUAAGUGAUUUGCAAGUGAAUGAAUUCAUCAGAAAUUCACGUCUCCCUUCUUAAAACUUUACAUCCCAUCAUUGGCUGUACAGUGUAUACCCAAGCAAAAUACCUGACACACAAUCACCAUUCGUAGAGAGCUUGCGUAUGUACUGUAUGCCCAAUGAACUUCGUCAUUCAUUGAUUAUUUAGUUUGUAUCAUUUCCAGGGGCCAGUGACAAAUAAGGAUAGUAGUAAUGCUCAUUUCAUCCGUGAUGGUGACUUUUUCUUGCAUCACUCCCAAAAGUAUGACUAAAUUAUUUAUCACUCGGCCACCAGGUGUAGCCUCAAUGACCACAAUUGUUAGUUUUGUAGUCUAUGUAUCAUCAAAUUAUCCAGUGUAAGUGAAGUGAGAAAUAAUGUUUUUUUUACAAG